CGUCGACGCGUUUCUGUCUGCGUAUUUCACUCUUGUGAACGAGACGGAGAAGGUAUCUCUUCCUGUUCAGUUUCGUUUAACACGCCAAAGACACAACCAUGGCUUCUGGAGUUGCAGUGUCCGAUAACGUCAUCACAAGCUUUGCUGAAAUGAAGGUCCGCAGGGCAGACGGGAAGGAGAGGAAGAAGGCUAUGGUCUUAUGCUUGAGUGAAGACAUGAAGAUGAUCAUCGUGGAGGACGGCCGUGAGAUGCUGCAGUCCGAAAUCGGGGACACCAUCAAGGAUCCUUUCCAGUACUUGGUAAACCUGCUGCCACCUAAGGACUGCCGUUACGUUGUGUACGACGCCUCCUUUGAGACCAAGGAAACCAAGAAGCAAGAACUUGUCUUUAUUUUCUGGGCCCCUGAUUGUGCCCCACUGAAGAGCAAGAUGCUCUAUGCCAGCUCAGUGGAUGCUCUCAGGAAGAAGCUCCCAGGCAUCAAGCACGAGUGGCAGGUAAACGGUAUGGAGGACAUCAAAGACCGGAAAACACUGGCGGAGAAGCUGGGGGGCAGCACUGUGAUCUCCUUUGAAGGAGUUGCUGUCUGUGGGGAAAACUAGAGUCCAGCAUCACCUGGGGUUCAGCUUUUAAUUCCACUGGGGAGGGGGAGGAAAACAAGAGUGGGGGGUUAGUCUGACAAUUUCAAAUUUCACUGUUUCAGUCCACAUCAUGCUGAAUCACCAAAUUAUAAAGUGAUUAUAUAAAAAAAAAAAAACUGAAGAUAUUGGUAAAAUUCUGAAGACUGUCACUGGUGUGAUAAUGGACUGUAUGUUCUGCUACAACGAUGAUGAAUUAAAAUGAGGACCAAUAAAUUUGGAAUUGGAAUAUUACUCUACUCCUGAACACUUCACCUUUUUCCCCCCAAAGUUGAAACUUAUGUUUCGUGGUUAACUCAAAUGUGGUGUAAUUCAGGCUUUUCUCAUAUGGUGAGGGUGGACCAAUCUGAAUGGUCAUCAUUAAAAUACUUUCCAUUUUAAAACUUUCUUCAUGAUUCAUUUGAAUAGCUUUUUUAAUGCAUUCCACACCAAACUUUUUUUUGGGGGGAGAGGGGCAUGCAUUCCUUUUAAGAAUUAAAUUAAUGGAAUCCACUGUAGUUGACCAGAGGGGGAUAACUGGAACAGAUUAAGAGAAGUUUGUGUGUAGUGGAUGUUUUGUUUUGUCUCCUUAUAUCUAAUAAAAAAGCACUAAACUGGA